AUGUCAAACCUGCGCAAAGUUUCGAAAGUCGGGAAGGAGCUCUUGGGUUUUGGAUCUCAACCACCAAACAACUCAACAGGAACGCUGGCCGUGCAAACUGAUUCCGAGGUCCUGGCGCUCUGGCUUGGCACAGCGGAAGCUGGUCCAGAGCAGCCGACACCCCUGUCGGAGAAGUCGACAGCUCUGAAGAAGGUUACGCAGCUUCUGACAGAGCUCACUUCACAGCUCAAGGAGGACAAGGAGGCAGAUCAGAAGCAGUUCUCCGAGUAUGAGAAGUUGACCAAGGCAAGUAUUACCUCAGCCACUGCCACGGUGGAGCAAUGCACGACGCAAGUUGCUGAAUUGAAGGCGAGCAUCGUCACGGCGGAAGCUCUGCAGGCUGAAAAGAAGAGUCUCCUGGAAACGGCUGCCUCCAACCUGCUUCAGUCGCAGAAGGAGCUGGAGCUGGCGAAGCAGCAGCGGUUCACUGAGAAGGAGACCUUUGUCAAGAACGCGGCGCAGCUGCAGAAGAGCACCGACAACUUGAACCUUGCCUUGCAGACCGUGAAGAGCAUGUCUGAAGGUGCAGGUGCAUCCGGCCUCUUGCAAAGCUCGGGAAAGAAGAAAGCCCGUCUGCCCAGAGAGCGGCUGCUAGCAGCGACCUCGCAGCUCCAGACGGCGCUGAGUGCGGGUGCAGAUGAGUUGCUGACUGCAAAUCAGCAACACUUCCUGUCCCGCCUUCUGACCGUGGCCGGCCGAUCACGAAAGGCGCAGACGCCGCCCGCUGCUCUGGGCUUUCUGCAGAUGGCGAGUGAUCGGAAAGCAGCGAAUGAUGGCUCCGUGGACGAGGAGUUGGACGGCGAUGAGGCUCCGGCCAUUGGUGACCUGUCAGAGACUCUGAAACAGGUGAAAGCCGAGACCGAGACGGAGCUCGCUGCCACGCAAGUGGCGGAAGAGAAGUCUCGAAAGAACUUCGCAGAGCUCACAAAGACUCUGGAAGAGGAGGUGGCGACUCGCCAGGCUGCAGUGGAUGAGGUCAAGGCAUCGAUCUCCACCUCUGAGGAGGCUGCUGGCAAAGCAAAGAGCGACCUGCUCUCCGUGAACAGGCGCCUGUCCUCCACGAAACAGCAGCUUGCAGAGCUGCAAGUCGACCUCAAGGAUAAGAGCAAGGACUUCACUACACGAGGGAAGUCCCGAGAUGCAGAGGCUGAGGUGGUCGCAGAGGCACUUGCGAUCCUGACGAAGAGCAGCAGCAGCGGUGCUACCGUCGAGGAAAGUGCGAAGACCGUCGCAAACUUCUUGCAGUUGUCUUCGGAGGCCUGGGGCUCGCAUCGGUCGCGAGAGCUGAGCAGGCGAAAAGUGGCCCGGCUCUUGGAGUCGGCUGCCAGCCCUGGCCUGGCCGCAUUGCUUCUCCAGUCUCAGGAGGGCGGCAGGAGAGACGUCUUCAAGAAAGUCAAGGCGCUGAUCCACGAAAUGCUCGCGAAGAUGAACGAGCAGCAGGCGCAGGAUGCACGGCGGGACAGUUGGUGUCAGACGGAGUUGUCCAACACCAACAAUGCCAAGGCCAGCAAAGCCACGCGUGCAGACAAGCUGAAGACCAAGAUGCUCGCGGUCAGCGCCGAGUUGUCCUCUUUGAAGUCGGAGAUCGAGACAAGUGCAAAGGAGAUCGAUGACAUGAAGGCCUCCCUGGGAAAAGCCGAGAGCCAGCGGGCCAAGGAAAGCGCCAAGGCGAAAGCCGACGUCGUCAUGUACGAAGAGGAUCAGCGGGUCCUGAGGGAGGCCAUCCUUGUGCUUCAGCGCGUCUAUGGGGACACGGCCGUCAAGGCCGACAAAAGCGGCUACAAGGCCAAAGCCACAGGCUCCGGGGUCGUCGGCCUCUUGCAGGUGUCCUUGGAAAACUUCGCAGACCUGGCGGAGGAGACGUCGAAGGGAGAGAAGGAAGCCAAGGCGGACUUCCAGGAGCUCAAGACUACUACGGAGGUUCGACUGGCGACCUUCGUCAAGGACACAGAGUACAAGAAGCAGACCAUCACGAAGCUUGAGUCGGAGCUCGUGAGGGCACACGAAGACCUGGCCAGCUAUCAGAAGGAGAUCAAGGCGCUGAGCACCUACUUGGAGGAGCUCGCGACAUCGUGCUCCGUGAAGGGCCUCAGCUUCGAGGAGCGCAAGGCGAAGCGCGAGGAGCAGCUCGCAUCACUCAAGGAGGCCCUGCGCGUCCUGCAGUCUGAAGACUGA